AUGAGUGUUCCUGAGCGUGAGUUGAUGGGUAACAUUUUGGUGAGUGAAACAGGUGAGCCCUUGCUCCCAAGUCACUCCAACAUAGCUAAAUUCAAACGAGGGAACGAUGGCCUUUAUGUUCACACGGAGGACUGGAGUGAAAUUGUGAAGAGAAGACAAUUGGUAAACGCCAAGGAACGAAUGAGAAUCAAAAACAUGAACAGCAUGUUCUCCCGUUUGAAGCGUAUGGUGCCACUGAUGCGUCGUGACCGUAAACCCAGUAAAGUGGAUACGCUGAAGGCUGCCACAGAAUACAUCAAGCUACUGGUGGCUGUACUGCAGGACUCUGACAGUAAUAAUGGGAGCAAGACUGAUUUCUUGAAGAAUGCGAUCAACUAUGCAACAUCUGAUGGGAUGUGUGGUGAUCUGUGGAGGGUGGAUGAGCUGCUGGACAGUGUGUCAGGAGUGUCCGGUAGUGAGUUGUCCGACGGGGUGACUAUGACUCUUCCCUUGGUGACUACAGGGUUUGGAGCAGGAGAUGGAGACGUGAGUGGGCUGGUGCUGCACCACUGUGUGAUGCCCACCUACCAGUACAUCAUCCAGGUGGCACCGGACCAGACCAUGACCAAGGAGCUGAUCGUGGUCUACAGUAAAAGGCGGCCCGUACAUGCCCCCAUUAACAUCGACGGGGCUGUAGUGGAGUGGGUCGAGAGUUUCAAGUUCCUUAGUGUCCACAUCACCAACGAACUAUCAUGGUCCAAACAUACCAAGACAGUCUUUAAGAGGGCACAGCAACACCUUUUCCCCCUCAGGAGACUGAAAAGAUUUGGCAUGGGUCCCCAGAUCCUCAAAAGGUUCUACAGCUGCACCAUCGAGAGCAUCCUGACCGGUUGCGUCACUGCCUGGUAUGGCAACUGCUCGGCAUCUGACCGUAAGAUGCUACAGAGGGCAGUCGAACAGCCCAGUACAUCACUGGGGCCAAGCUAA